AUGUUAGAGUCAGUCACCCAACUUGGCAGGAGACCUCGCAAAUUUCUCAAGGUGGUUGAUGAUCUGAUGCGCCGUCAAAAACGUAAGGCUGCCACAGUAUCUAGUUGUCCUUGCUGCCCCGACACAGACAAUAACAAAGAUGCACCAAUUCCACUACAUGGAACAAGUCGAGACAACUCUCGUCAUGCCCUGUCUGCAGUUCGAAAUAAGAAGGUGGCAACUGAGAGGCAGACUGGACGGCCUAGAAGUAAGAAAACGGCCAGCGCCACAGCCUUUCCGGAUACCUCUCCAAACGUGUCAAAACGUACUAGGCUUUUGCUGUCACGUGACAAUUUGGAUUGUGACGCUGAGGCGGAAGCCCCGGUUCUGGCAAAUCCGCCUCUAUCUUCUACAUCGAUGAACAAUCAUCACUUCAUAUCUUUAUCUCAUGAAGAUUCCGAAAGUGAAGCUGAGAUAGUCAUCCCAGCCCAUCCGAAUCCCAACAGUUCACGUCUGAGAAGAUCAACCAUUAACACAAUGUCUAUCCCUCCUGGAGGUGUUCAGACUGUUCAGAUCCCUGGAAGCGACACUUCAGACUCAGAUGAGUCUGUGGAAGACACAGACAACCCUUCUCGCCAACACUCGCCUAUUAGCUCACCUUUCUUAUCGCAAAUAAAGAAGUCGGUCCAAAAAGCUAUCUGGGCACAUAAAUAUAUCGACAUAGCUUCGCUUCUGCCGGCAUCAACCAAUCAACACCAAUCUCCAACAUUUUCUUUACAUGUGGACAAUCAAUCCAAUAUAUCUAUCUCACCAUCACACAAAGCUAAGAAAAUUACUACCAUUGAGUCAUGGACAUCGGCUUUUAUUCGGUUUAUCGCCGUCUACUCACACAAAUAUCCACUUGAAACUUCCCAGCUCAUGAAGUAUAUGGAGAUAGUUCGGGAUAUCGCUUCACGGCGCCCAGGUCUUUCAUUUGCUUUCUACGACACCCAGUUUCGUAUGGCCCGAGCAUCUGCACCUUUGCCAUGGGACAGGUUACACACAGAAUUUUGGUUAAUGGCGUGUACCUCUUUUAACCCAGUAUCUGCACAAACACAGCCAUUUCGUCCCUUUCGUCCUGGAAAGUCAACUUCAUUCAAAGUCAGACAAUUCCUCGAGAACACAUGUUGGAAUCACAAAAAGCGCACUGGAUGCCAUAAUCCCAAAUGUUCCCAGCCCCACGUGUGUGGGUUUUGCAGAGGACAACAUACAGCAUUCCAUUGCACAUACUCAAAUAAACAAUUCAAUGCCCAGGCCGCUCAAAACUCAUCCACGCCCAAAUCAUCCCAAGCCAAGUCUUACAAACCGAGUGGUCACUCCAGUUAAUAUUGCCAAUAU